UUAUAUGCUCUUUGCUGUCUGUGUCUGUCACUUGACCUGUCAAAUGAAUCUGAAACUCAUUUCAGGAAUACGAGAUUAGUUUAUUUCUUAAUAAAACUGAGAUUUGAUAUUCAGACGUAUAAACCUCAUUAACGAUGCCUGCUGUACCCGGGGGCAUGUAUGGGCACCAAGGGCCUUCUUGUUUCGACAAAAUGAAAAUGGGUUUCAUGAUCGGAUUUUGCGUUGGUAUGGCUAGCGGUGGACUAUUUGGUGGAUUUACGGCGUUAAGGUAUGGUGCAAGAGGGCGAGAAUUAGUGCACUCAGUGGGAAAAGUAAUGCUGCAAGGAGGUGGAACAUUUGGUACAUUUAUGGCUAUUGGAACUGGAAUUCGCUGUUGAUUCGGAGAAUAUCUUAGUGUAUUUUGUAGUUACAUAAUUAUUGUUACAUUCGUUUUAAUACAUAACUAGAAUAAG